AGACUGAAGCUCGCACGUCUUCCUGGCUAUGAAAAACUACUGGAACUUGGAAAGUCGCGCAAGAAUCCCAUCUUCCUUGACAUCGGUUGCUGCUUUGGGAAUGACGUGAGGAAGCUGGUCGCUGACGGCUACCCCAUGGAGAGCUGUAUGGCUACCGACCUCCACCCCGAGUUUCUCAAACUCGGCCACAAGCUUUUCAACACUACCCCAGAGACAUACCGUGUACCCUUCCUCGCAGGCGACUCCCUCAACCCGGAGUUCCUGGCCGUCACACACCCCUUCUACACGAAACCCUACACUACCGUCCCCAAGCUCUCGUCGCUCACGUCGCUAAACCCCCUCCAUGGCCACGUCUCCGCCAUCUCGGUCUGUUCGGUCUUCCACGUCUUCGACGAGGCUGGUCAGCUACAGCUCGCUCGGGCGAUCGCUGGCCUACUCUCCCCCGAAACAGGCUCGAUGCUCAUCGGUGUCCACUCCGGCCGGCCCGAGAAGGGUACAUUCAUUACUCGCGCGGGAGGCAAGGAUGUCUCGACCUUCUAUCACUCUCCUGAAAGCUGGACGGCCCUGUGGGAUGGAGAACUCUUCGUCAAGGGCACCGUGAAGGUUGAGACCAAGUUGAUUGAAACGGGGGGUUGGGACUUCCAAGAGAACACCGAUCGGUAUUGGUUCCUGUACUGGUGUGUGACGAGGGUGUAG